GUCAGACUGCACAGCGAUCUCAACAAGAUGACAAAAUUGAGUGUGUUCUUUUUAACUGUAGCAAUUUGUGUUGCUCUUGGAGCAGCGCAUGGAUAUCCAGGUUUCCUGGACCACCCACCGCUACCGCCACCACCACCUCCACCAUUCCCAUUCUUUCACACGAAGAAUUGGAGCGGAAUAGCAAAGUCUUCUGAUGGCCGUGCUCAAGGAGUAUUCAGUGGAGCAUCUGCUUCAACUAAUGCAGGACAAAACACUGGAGAAGCCCUAUCAUUGGCAUCUGUUGCACCUGAUGGGCAAGCUGAAGGAUGUGAUGAAGGCCAAUCUGGUCAAUACAAUGUUCAGUCCGGUGGUGCUUUUGGCGGAUCUGAAGGAGCCAGUAGUGGAAACGGAGGUGCCGCUGGUGGUCAGUCAGGGGGUGCUUUUGGUGGAAAAUCUGUAGGAGGCGGUUUCGGAGAAUUCUCUUCGUUCAAAAAGGUCAAAGAAUCCCACUUCAGUUUCAAAGCUGGAGGACAGAAAACGUUUGGCGCACAAGGUGGAUUUGCAGGACAAGGAGGAAGCCAAGGCCAAACGGGUGGUUUUGGUGCUACUGGUGCUGAUGCUGGAAAUAAUGAUGCUCAGUCACAGGGACAGGGCGGUUUCAGUAGUUCUAAUUCUGAAAGCUCUUCCUUUGGUCAAGGUGGUGACAAAGGUCAAGCGGCUGCGUUGAUUAACGGUCAUGAAUCUGAAAGUGAAUUCGGCCAACAAAAGCAACAGGGUGGUGGAUUUGCUCUUCAACAUAAAGAAGGUGGUGCAUUCGAACAGCAAAGUCAGCAGGCUGGUGGAUUUGAUAAAGAAAGCGGUCAAGGUGGCUUUAAUCAACAUUAUGAACAAGGACAACAAACACAACAUAGUAACGGAUUAGGACAUAGUUCUGAAGUUGGACAACUAAAUCAAGCCGGUGGAUUUGGACAAAAUCAAGGUGGAAGUGGUGCUGGAUUUGCCGGAUCUUCUGCUAGCAGCCAAGCCUCUUCUAAUUCUCAAAGUGGUUUGGGGCUAUCCGGUCAACAGCAACAAUCUGGCUCCGGUUCCGGUUUUGGUGGUCAAGGUGGUUACGGAUUCGGUUUUGGCCAUGGCCACGGUUCCCAAAGUGGCAAUUUAGAACAACAAACACAACAAAGUGGUGGCUUUGGACAACAAAGUCAACAAGCUAGCGGAAAUGAUGGAAGUUUAGCUGGCUCAGGUGCCAAUAGCCAAGCCUCUACUGUUGCACAAGGAAGCGGAUCAUCAGGUCAACAGCAAUCUGGUUCUGGCAGUCAAGGUGGUUAUGGAUUCGGUUUUGGUCACGGUCAAGGUUCCAAACAUGGAUAUGGAAUUGCUCAAAGUGGUGAUUUUGGACAACAAGCUCAACAGAGCAAUGACUUAGGACAACAAAGUCAACAGGCUUCUGCACUUGAACAACAAUCCAGCGGGAAUGGCGGUGCUUUAGCUGGCUCAAGUGCUAACAGCCAAGCCUCUGCACAAGGAAGCUUUGGCUUAAGUCAACAGCAAUCCGGAUCGCAGUUUGGCGGUCAAGGAGGCUAUGUAUAUGGGCAUGGUCGCGGCUUUAACCACGGUUACGGAAGCGGUAACGGUUUCGGAAGCUCCAAAUACCAGGCAGCUGAUAGUAAUGAACAAACGGGUGUAGCUAGUGGAUCGCAGGCUAGUGGAGCUAGUUCAGGUAACAAGGACGUAUCUGCAUCGCUUAGUGGAGCUUUGAACCUCGCUUCACAAGGCCUGGAGUCAGCUCAGAACGCUGGUUGCAGUACAUGUGGGGGUAAAGGCGGUUAUGCUCUUAGUAACGCUAGGAGUCAUAACGGCAACGCAGUCGCCGUUUCUAUUGGGGGUUAAAUCAAUGUGUAUUUUUGUGUUAUGUUUUA